AUGAAGGUCUUUAUCAUGCUCGUUCUUCCCGCCCUUGCCCUUGGCGCUGCUACUCCCCAGGCUUCCGACGGGGCUCAGAUUCACACUCUCGACCUUGGUUGCCUUGGGUCUGCUGCCCCUAACAUCCUCGACUGCGUUGGCAAGAUUACCAAGAUCGAUCCCCUCGGAGCGACCAACUGUAUUACCAACUUUGUGACUGGUAUUAUCGGGUGUGUUCCUGGUCUUUCCAGCCUUGCCGAUAUUCCUGGUUUUCCCAGUCUGCCUGCUGGCGAUGGCACUGCUAGUCAGCCUACUGGUACUGCUGCCACUCCCGCCAUCCCUGGUAUUCCCUCCAUCCCUGGGCUGGUUUAA